UGACUAGCUGCUGACAUUGAUCACAGUCUUAGAAAACCGCCAUUUUGUUGAAACGCAACGUAGGGAAACGGUAGUGGGCCAAAAGAUGGGGAUACUAGAGAAAAUCAGCGAGAUAGAGAAAGAGAUCGCAAGAACUCAGAAAAACAAGGCGACGGAAUAUCACUUGGGAUUACUUAAAGCAAAGUUAGCGAAAUAUCGGUCGCAACUUUUAGAGCCGCCGAAAUCAGCCGGCGCUGGAAAAGGCGAGGGCUUCGAUGUUAUGAAAUCUGGCGAUGCUAGAGUGGCAUUGAUUGGUUUUCCCUCCGUGGGGAAAUCGACAUUGUUAAAUAAGUUGACAUCCACGACCAGUGUUAGCGCUUCGUACGAGUUUACAACGUUGACGUGUAUCCCUGGUGUGAUUGAGUACAAUGGAGCAAACAUUCAACUGCUUGACUUGCCUGGAAUAAUAGAAGGGGCCUCUCAGGGGAAGGGAAGAGGGAAGCAAGUCAUUGCUGUGGCCCGCACUGCUGAUAUGGUUGUGAUGAUGUUGGAUGCUGCCAAGGGUGAAAUCCAGAAAGUGCUGUUGGAAAAAGAGCUGGAGGACUGUGGUAUCCGUUUGAAUUGUUCCAAGCCAAAUAUUUACUUCAAGCUAAAGAAAGGAGGCGGUGUUGCAUUUAACUCCACAUGUUCUCUCACUCAUCUGGAUGAAAAGCUUGUAAUGAUGAUACUUCAUGAGUACAAGAUCUUCAAUGCUGAGGUGCUCAUACGAGAAGACUGCACUGCUGAUCAGCUGAUUGAUGUGAUCUGCGGCAACAGAAUCUACCUGCCAUGUGUGUAUGUCUACAACAAGAUUGAUUGUAUUUCCAUAGAGGAGGUUGAUCGCUUGGCACGGCUUCCUCACUCUGUUGUUGUCAGCUGUGAGAUGGAGUUGAACUUGGACUAUUUGAUGGUGCAGAUAUGGGAACAUCUUGCUCUGCUAAGAAUCUACACCAAGAAGAGAGGUGAUCCACCAGACUUCAAUGGAGGGCUGAUCCUUCGACGUGGUGCCACAGUGGAACAUGUAUGCCAUGCUAUUCACAGAACACUAACAGAUGUGUUCAAGUAUGCCUUAGUUUGGGGCACCAGUACUAAAUACAGCCCACAGCGAGUGGGAAUCAAUCAUGUUAUGAAUGAUGAAGAUGUCAUUCAGGUCAUGAAAAAGUGAACUCGAUGUACAUUUACAGUGUAUAUUUUACAUCUGUAGGAUGCCUGGACAUGCUUCAUCCUAAAAGCCUAGUUUGCCUGUAUCUGUUGCAUAGAUUUAUAGUCAUAAAUAAGUAUUUUCUUUAGCCAACUGGCUUUACAGUCUUUCCUGUAAAACCAUGAACACAAGAAAACAUUCCUGAAAUGAUUUUUGUUUCGCCAUCAAUCAGAUGCGAGAUGAAACCGCAAAGGUAACUGCCAAACCACAACAUGGAUUAGUCACAACUUGACACAAAACAAUGAGCUGGCUUUUUCUUCCCUGACAAAUCUUCAGUUUUACCGUUUUCAAAUACUGAAACUGAUCUUUUUCUACAUGUAUCUGUAUACCAGGGCCAAGUUGUUCAAAAGCCUGUUAAUGCUAACCCAGGAUUAACAGGCAAGUGGAGUACUGUAUUAAUUUUUCUUGUUUAAAAAUGUUUUCAUUUUUUACAUCUGUAUUUCGAGAUUUCUCAAACUCCAAGCUAAAGGACAAACAAUGUAAACAGAAAACCUCACCGAAGAGUUACAAAACUGAAAGCAAAAUUCUCACUAUUCCUGAGUCAGGUUAAUUGGACUUUGAAAAACCCAAUCCAGAACAAUAACCACAUUCAAAACAGAGUGCGUUCAUGAGGCAUAGCUGCACUAACAUAAUAAAUGCCCUUACAUGUUGGCGUCAUUGUGUUGAACUUGUCACUGGCAAACAGGUCUGUUAAAAGUUAACAGUUCUUGUAAUAUAAUGAUAGCAUUUGAUUUUCAUUUUCA